UUCUGGUCGUUCAACCGAAAAUGGAGGAUUUAGAAUUUACAAAAAUGAACAAAAUGAAACAAUGUGGUUGGCUGCAACACAUUAUAACACAUUUGCGACUCGAAGAUUAUUUCCAGUUUUGAAUGAUACUCUGUAUGCUAAUUAUAACAUUUCUAUAAAGCAUCAUAAAAACUACACAGCUUUAUCAAAUAUGCCCGUCCAAGAAAUAAAUAUGGAUGAAAAUAAUAUGCAAUGGACACGCUUCAAACCUACUCCCAUGAUGCCCGUUUAUUUCAUAACGGCUAGUGUAGUUCAUCUCGCCUUUAUUCCAGGAAGUCGGAUUACUAAAUUGUGGUGCAGAACAGGCAUAAUAUCACAUGUGCAAUUUGCAUCCACAGUUGCUACAAAUAUUACGCAAUUCUUAGACAAGAUGUUUCCGUAUAUCAGGGAAAGUCCGGAAAUAAAUCAUGUCGUGAUUCCGAAUUUUCAUUACUUAUUAACUAAAGAAAAUAUAAAGUUCGGAUUCGUUCUUUAUGGAGAAGAAGAUAUUAUCUUUGAUCAAAGGACAAAUUCUGAGAUACGCAAAAUUGAUAUAACCCGAGUAAUAGGAUAUAAGGUGAUACACGAAUGGUUUUAUAAUGCAAUGGAUCCAUCUAUGUGGGAACCAUGGUUAAGCAAAGGUUUUGCUACUUUUUUUGGAAUUUACGCUGCCGAUAAGACAUUUCCGGCUCUUCGGAUACAAGAUUUCUUUGUGGUUCAAAUGCAACAUGAGUUUCUUCAUUGGAAUACCAAGGAUAUAUGGCCGCUCACAUUCGGAUCAGGAUACAAUUCUAUUGAAAUUCCUGGUUACAUCAAGGCAAGCAUUAUGUUCCGCACGUUCCAUAUUAUAUUUACCGAAGAGAUGUUUCUGUCUGGUAUGUCGUGGUUUUUACGAGUUCACUAUAUAAGCAGUACGAAUUUCUGGGAAGUUAUGCAAUCAAUCAUGGAUAAAUCAGAUUUGGAAACCAAAUACAAUGUAACGGAUAGAAUAGCUAGUUGGACACAACUAAAUCAUUACCCUGUGAUUAAUGUGAAAAGAAAUUAUGAUAAUAAUUGGUUGAGUAUAUCGGUAGAAAAUUUGAAUUAUUUUGUUACAUGGAUAUUUGUGAAUAUUACUACACAGACGUAUCCCUAUUCGAAUGAAUUCUUGCCUGAAGUGUGGUUAUCAUCUCAAUCUAUGUCCUAUAAAUUAAAUUUAGAUUUUACGAACAAGAAUGACUGGGUAUUAGUCAAUUCACAAAGUGGAUGCUAUCGCGUCUAUUAUGAUGCCGAGAAUUGGAAUAGACUUUCGAACUACCUGAAUUCCUCUUUUGAAAAAAUACCUGUCCUCGAUCGUGCUAAACUUACCGACGACACAUUUCAUUUUCUGAUGACAGGCCGAUUAAAUUAUACUGUAUUCCUGAAUAUUUCACACUAUCUAUCGCGAGAUACAGAUUAUAUCUCAUGGUAUCCUAUGUUCAAAAACUUGGAAUAUAUGUCGGGUUUCUUUGCAUUUCCAGAAAGCGCAUUUAUAAAGGCGGAAAUAGUACAAUUCAUGAAAGAGAUUUUAUGGGAAUUAGAAUAUCCCACUUUUGAUGAAGACGAGAACAAUUAUGGUAACAUUUUUAUUAAAUGUUUGAGGCAAGAGGCUGCAAAAUGGUUAUGCAUCAUGAAUUAUCAUUCUUGUUUAACAAUUUCUAAUGUUGAAUUGAAAUCGUAUCUCUCCUAUCGUAACACAUUAUCAUCAUAUAAAAUUUGGCCGGAAUGGAAAGAAUGGACAUUCUGUAAUGGUUUGAAGGAAGGGAAUAAAUAUAUUUGGAAAAAAGUAUUUCUUAUGUAUUGGACAGAAUCUGAUGAUAGUGUUUUAAAGUUCUUAACUUGUUCCACAAAAUCUGUUAUUAUUGAAAAGUAUAUGCAUUUAAUGAAAUUUGGCACUGUUGUGAGAAAAAUAGAAGAUCUCCACCAUAUAGAAAGUUUUUGUUAUAUUAUUGCUAGGCAUGCAAAGAAUGAUUUAAUGCUUAAUAUAAUAUUAAACAAUUUGGAAGAUAUAAAACCUUGGACAUUGUAUGAUCGUGUACAGGGUGUUUCCACAACAUACACAUCAUUAAGUCGGGUUGCCUAUCUGCCCACUCAGGGACAUGUUUUACUGGACUCGCAGAAUAUGAUAAUGGAAAUAAGGAAAAAGGAAUCUGUUUUUGUUACUCUAUUAUAA